CCGGUGUUGUUUUCACCUUCUCCGGCACUGAUGUUGCCUUUCUCUUCCUCCACACUCUCUCCACUCUCAUUUCUCUCUCUCACCUCAGUCCUUUCCCUUCCAAUCUUGGCUCAUCUACCUCCCCUUGGUUGCAAUUAAAAUCCUCACGAGUCUUGCAGUGUGGCUGGUCUAGAUCCGGUUGUGUAGCAUGCGGUGUGGUUGUUCGGGGUGUGGUGUAGCACCGAUAGUGGCUCCUCCAUUUUCGCUGAUAAGGAAAUCCAAUAUACAUAACCGGCUAACCCUAGAUGCAGAAGGAAAUCCAAUUGCCGCUUCUUGCAAAUUGCUAUCCCACCCUACUCCAGUCAGUCUCUUCUCCUCUGCCGCGCCGCUCACCACUGCUCACACCGCUCAGCUCCAGCUCCAGCUCCAGCUCCAGCUCCAGCUUUUGUUUGUUUAUUUGUUUCAUUCGAUCUUUUCAAGCAAGCAACAGCUCCCAGCUUGUAAACCUGUCUUGACACCAGCGUGGGCACUGAUGUGUCUUCAAGAUUGGUUGAAGAAAGAUCUGAAAGGUUCUGACAAUAAUGGAAAUUUCUUCAAUCUAUUUGAGGAGUUGGAGGAGAAUGAUAAUGAGGAGGAUGAGUCUGAGGAAGUUAUUUCUUCAACUUGAAAUUAUUAAUCAAGCCUAGCUAAAGUUUCUGCUGUAGAGUUUGCUUUGCUGGAUUGAAUGGAUAUGUACGCAUGUGCCACUUUUUAGACUCUUUUAUGUGCUUUUUCUUAAUGAACUUAUUGCUGGACA